AUGGAGAGCAUCGCAGAUGCCCUCCAGGAGGUGAAGAUUCAGGACCAAUCUCUGGAGAGUGGGGCCCAAAAUGUUGUCCACGACGUUGAGGAAAGUUCCUUGAAAGAGUCCAGUAUUGUGACACCUUUCCGUUUCCUCGACCUUCCCUCGGAAAUUCGUCUGCGCAUCUACGAUCUAUAUCUAUUCACGACGUAUCGAUGGAAAUCGCAACGGUCCAACGGCAGCGUAGGCGCUUCCGCAAGGAAUCCUCCUAUCGCCCCGUAUCGGAAUCGCAUCGCUUUGUUUCUGGUGUCCUGGCGGGUCCACGAUGAAGCUACCGAUUACUUCUACUCCAUGCUGACGUUUCGCGUGUUUCCGAUACAAGAUUGGUGUCGGACACCAACGGUCAGAGGCCUAUCGGCUAGAUACCGGCCAUUCGUGACUACCAUCGAGUUGAUCCUGGGCUCGAGCUGGACCUCGCCUCCUCGUGACUGGGUAGUGAAUAAUCGAUUAGGAUUGGAAAAAAUGGUUCGUGUGAGGACAUUAAAAGUUUUCAUCGAGUGUGACCCAUCUCAUCCUGUAUUUGAAGGCUUCCGCAUCAACAAGGAUUUUUAUAGUGAAUUUGCGGGCAAGUUACUUCAAAAGAUUCUGGAAAGGUUGCCCAAUGUGGUUCAAGUGGAAUUUGAUGGUUACCCAUCCGUUCUCAAAGGCGGAGGUUUGAUGAAGCGCCUGUUGCAUGAAGCGAAGUCGGCGCAGAAGAAGAUUCUCUGGGGCACUCAGCGAGGAUGGACCGACUGGGAUGGGGAGGAGAAUAAGGAGCCAAAGCCAGAAUAUCAUGAUGAAGAAGCUGAAUGUCAGAAUUCAGUCCAAUGA